GCUUUCUAGAGUCUUUUGAAGACACGAGGAACCAGGAACUGGAACGGAAAGCACAGAUAGAGGCCAAUAUUGUGGCACUGUUAGAGCACUCCAGCAGGAACCUAAAUUGUAUUAAGCAAAUAUCUUCUGUAACAAAUCAAGAGUUGAAGAUCAUGCAGGAAGACCUCACUUUCAAAUCCAGUGAAAUGCAGAAAUCGCAGAGUACUGCUAAAAACCUUGGUACAGAUAGCCAGCGACUACAGAUGGACCUUCAGAAAAUGGACUUACUAGAAGGCAAGAUGAUUGAUGAACAGGUUGCUCUUAAGGGAAAAAUUGAACAAAUGACCAAAGACUUGGAACUAUACAGAGAUUUGCCAGCUCUGAAGGCAGCAGGAGAAGAAAAGAAGAAGAAACUGCAAGAAGAAAAAGAAACAUUAACCAAGCGCAAGGAUGCUUUCAAGAAAAUCAUGGAGCAUCUAAACACAGAAUAUGAAGGCUUGAAGUUGCAGCUUCAGGAAAAUGAAACACAUUCACAGCUUACAAAUUUGGAAAGGAAGUGGCAAAACCAUGAGCAAAAUAACUUUGUGAUGAAAGAAUUUAUAGCUACAAAAAGUCAGGAGAGUGAUUACCGGCCCAUAAUGAAGAAUGUGUCUAAACAGAUUGCGGAGUAUAAUAAAACUCUCAUCGAAGCUUUACAGAACAACAGGAACUGAAACCAGGCAGUUCCUCCAUAAACCAGAGGAUCUACUUGCUGAAUUAGAAUCUAGAAACUUCUGAUCCUUCCCCUCAGCACAAUAGAAAUCUUUAAGUGUGCAUAUUUCCAUAUGCUGGAUGGUAAAACCCAUGAAAUUUCAUUUCUUCAAAUUUCAUUUCAUUUAUUGGAUUCCUCUCCUGCCCUCCCCUGCAAACAGGCUCAGGGUGGGUUACAACAAACCAUAGAUACACAAUCCAACUUCUAAAACUUCACAACCAAUCAUUAAUUAUUCUCAGUGUAAUACUGUAUUCUCAGCAAGGCAUCCAGUGAAGACUCUUUAGUUUACAAUGUUUAAGCCUGGAUUAGUAAGUAGCAAGCAAUAGUAAAGUUUUAGCCUCUAGUAAUAGUUGUAGGUGAGCCUCAGUGCCCUUGCUAAUAAGAAGACAUUGGCAUAUUCUUAUACAGCCAAAAAUGUUUGCUUACCUAUGUGUUUAUAUCUGUGUAUAUGACCAUUCUAUCAAACUUCCAAAGGGGGGAA